GCAGCGCCAUCGGGAUGGAGAGGCGAGCCACUUUUGUGCUGCUGGGGAUGCUAUAUUUAGCGGUGGGCACCCUCGUCACGGUCCAGGCAGUGCAAUAUACGGGGCCGACGAUCGUGCGCGAGGGACAACCUUGGAACAUCGAGUGCAACGAUUUGAAGGACGAUGAUCUCGUUAGAUGGACCAGGAAUGGUCAGACGUUGGAACCUGAGUUGUCCAGUGGUCAGCUAGUUGUUUUUUCAAAGACCGACGCCGGCAGCAGCAAACUCUCGGCUUCCCAGGCGACUGAGAGUCACGAAGGAGAUUACAAAUGCACCUCCGACAGUGCGGAGUCUUUCCACCUGUCGUUAUACUUUGAUAUUAAGAUUAGAGUACUUAUGGCCAGAGACAUACCUUUGGUGCUCGAAUGUGCAAACAGAAGCGCCGGCGAUAAAGUGCUAUGGCUGAAGGACAAGACACCGUUAAGCACGGCGUUUGCUGGCAACGAAGAUAUCAUCAAGAUUGAUAAUGAGACUGGCAGCCUGGAAAUUUUAAAGGAUAAGGAGGAAGCUCAUGGAAAUUAUACUUGUAAAGCGGCUAACUCCACAAUCGAAUACAGAGUCGUACCAAGGCCAAUGGCGCAUCUGGUUGAAUCUACCAAUGUGAUGGAGGGUGAAAAGCUACACUUGGUGUGCAGCAAUCUUCGGUAUAGCCCCGGCGUAAAGAUAUACUGGACCUUCGGGGAUCAAAAUUAUACACGCAGUAAGGAUCGCGUGAAAAUCACCAAAGAUCCAGAGAGGGAUAUUUAUGGCGCCGUUCUGACUGUCGACGACAUCAAGAUGAACGAUCGCGGUAAUAUUAUCUGCAGAAUGUCAUACAACUGGUCUGAUCCCGUAUUGGAACAUUCAUCGGAGGCCAAGACAUUCCUCAGGGUGAAGGACAAGCUUGCUGCACUCUGGCCCUUCUUAGGCAUUUGCGCGGAGGUUGUUGUUCUGUGCGCCAUUAUUCUAGUGUACGAAAAGAAGCGGAACAAAGCUGAACUUGAGGAAUCCGAUACCGAUCAAAGUCCUGAUACCAAACCGACACCUAACAAGGAAUCCGAUGUCAGGCAGAGGAAGUGAAACAACAAGUAAAUGAAAUAGAACGGUACGAUAAAAGUUGGAGAACGGGUCGUCAUGUGUAGAGAGCUGCAAUGGAAAUCUGUAAAGACAACGGAACACGGCUUUUGAAUGAGAGAGAGAGAAAGAGAGAGAGAGAGAGAGAUGUGUCGUCAUAAAUGUGGAAUAAACACUGCAAAAUGGACAGCAGCGAGCUUGAGUGGGCCAUUCAUAGUGCGCACCUGUGUGAAAACAGGCGUGUGCAGCAGACGCGUACAGAGCAAGAUCACACAAGUUAC